ACCAUGGCUUCCAACUUCAACGACAUAGUCAAACAGGGAUACGUGAGGAUACGGAGUAAGAAACUGGGGUUACACUGGAGACUCACCUAUAAAACACCAGGCAUGGAGAUCUUCCGAAGAUGUUGGCUGGUGUUCAAGAAGGCCUCUAGUAAAGGACCCCGACGGUUAGAGAAGUACCCAGACGAGAAAGCAGCCUAUUUCCGGAGCUUCCACAAGAUCACUGAGCUCCAUAACAUUAAGAACAUUACCCGGAUGCCACGGGAGACAAAAAAGCAUGCUGUGGUGAUUAUCUUCUGUGAUGACACGUCCAAGACAUUUGCCUGUGAAUCAGAGCUGGAUGCAGAGGAAUGGUGUAAGCUGCUGUGUGUGGAGUGCCUGGGCAGCCGUCUCAACGACAUCAGCCUGGGAGAACCAGACCUGUUAGCAGCGGGGGUGCAGCGGGAGCAGAACGAACGCUUCAAUGUUUACCUGAUGCCUACCCCUAACCUGGACAUCUAUGGGGAAUGCACCAUGCAGAUCACCCAUGAAAACAUCUACCUUUGGGACAUUCACAAUGCUCGCCUCAAACUCGUCAUGUGGCCUCUCAGCUCCCUCCGCAGAUACGGUCGAGACUCCACCUGGUUCACUUUCGAGUCAGGAAGGAUGUGUGACACAGGAGAGGGUUUGUUCACGUUCCAGACGCGGGAGGGCGAGAUGAUCUACCAGCGGGUCCACUCAGCCACGCUGGCCAUUGCCCAGCAGCAUGAGAGGAUGAUGGAGGAAAUGGAGAAGAGCUCCCAGAUCCACUCCAGAGAGAUGCUAACCAAGUCCAUCUCCCUGCCACGCAGCGCCUACUGGCAGCACAUCACGCGUCAGAACAGUGUGGGUGAUCUCUACAGUUACCAAGGAACCAGCAUGACAAUGACUUUUAUCCCCAGAGCACAGACAUUCCCCAGCUUUCUGUCAGAUGAACAUGAACAGGAGGAGAGUCAGCACCAGGAAGAGGCACCGUCGCCCUCUAGUGGCUGUGAAUCCAGUUGCAGCCUGAGACCCCUUCAAUGA